ACAAACCCCAAUACCAAUAUCAAGAAAGUUUGUGUGGAAACCAUGAUUCUUCCGAAGGAGUUUUUUAUUACUCUUUCAUUUCUUUCUUAUCCAGUUUUGCACUUCCCUGGAUACUAUAAGUGUGAACCAAUCUGUUAAAGAUGGAGAUGUUAUAGUUUCCAGUGGGGAGUCCUUCGCGCUUGGAUUCUUCCGUCCUGGCAAAUCCAACUACCGAUAUCUUGGAAUUUGGUACAACAAAAUUUCAGAAAAAAAUGUUGUGUGGGUAGCAAACAGAGAUAGUCCUAUCAAUGAUUCCUCUGGAGUCCUCUCAAUGACCAGUGAAGGUAAACUUGUUCUUCAUAGUCAAAACCAAGACAAUCCCCUAUGGUUUACAAAUGUUACAGUUUCCUCAAAAAACAAAGGAAAUUCUACGGCUCAGUUAUUAGAUUCUGGAAACCUCGUUUUGCUUGAUAGCACAGGGGCCAUGAUAUGGCAAAGCUUUGAUUAUCCUUCACAUACUAUGCUGCCAAACUUAAAACUUGGCUUAGACCGCAGGACUGGUCUGAACCGGUUCCUGACAGCCUGGAAAUCUCCUGAUGACCCUGGUACUGGUAGUUGGUCUUUUCGGCUCAAUCCUAAUGGGUCUCCACAGUUGUUCUUCUACGAGGGUCAGAUUCCAAGGUGGAGGUCCGGUCGCUGGAAUGGACUUAGAUGGACUGGUGUACCCAUAUUGCAGGUUCGCAUUAACUUCAACAUCAGCUUUGUGAAUAAUGAUGAUGAGUUAACCAUAAUGUGGGGUGUUCGCAACAGAUCAAUCUUCUCGCGAUUAGUUGUAGACGAGCCUGGAUCAGUCCAACGGUUCACAUGGCAUGAACAAAUUGCUAAAUGGGAUGUAUUUUGGUCUGCACCUACUGACCAGUGUGACAAUUAUGGACGAUGUGGAGCUUAUGGUAAGUGUGAUCCUUAUGAUGCUUAUAACCUAGAGUGUACAUGCCUCCCUGGCUACCAGCCCAAAUCAAUUACUGAUUGGUACCUCAGAGAUGGGUCAGGUGGAUGCAUCCAGAAGAAUCUCACAGGAAUGUGCAACAAUGGUGAAGGGUUCGUCAAGGUGGAAAACGUGAAGGUACCAGAUCCUUCAACUGCCCGUAUGGAUAACAAUUUGGAUCUGAAAGCUUGCAUGGAGCAAUGCUUGAGGAAUUGUUCCUGCACAGCCUACGCAAGUUCAGUUGUGACAAGUAAGAGUGGGUGCUUCUCAUGGUAUGGCAAUUUGCUUGAUACAAGAGUGUUCGCUGAGGGAGGACAGGAUUUAUAUGUCCGUGUGGAUGCGUUUGAGUUAGCUCAAUAUGACAAGAAGUCUAGAGGUUUUCUUUCAAAGAAAGGGAUGUUAGCCGGUUUGGUACUCUCUAUAGCUGCUGGGGUUUUCUUUGUCAUUAUGUUCUCAUUCUGGUUGAUAAAAAGGAAGAAGACGGCUAAGGGCAGACAACUCAAAUUUCCCUUCAAUAUCCCUACAAGCCUCAAUGGCUCUCUAAGUGGAAAGGAAGUUGGUGGAAGUACAAGUCAAUACCUACCAGUCUUCGACAUAGAUAUCAUAUUAGCAGCCACAGAGAAUUUCUCCAACGAGCUUGGAUAUGGCGGUUUUGGCUCAGUUUACAAGGGCAAACUAGGCAAUGGACAGGAAAUUGCAGUUAAGAGAUUAUCUAAAACUUCAGGGCAAGGGAUGAAGGAGUUUAUGAAUGAAGUAAGGUUGAUAUCUAAACUCCAGCACAGAAAUCUUGUCAAGCUUUUUGGUUGUUGCAUUCAUGAAGAGGAAAAGAUGCUGAUAUAUGAAUAUUUACCAAACAAAAGCUUGGAUUUUUUCAUCUUUGACGAGACAAAAAGGGAGCUAUUGGAUUGGAGAAAGCGUUUUGAAAUUGUUUCCGGGAUUGCUCGAGGGGUUUUAUACCUUCAUCAAGAUUCAAGACUAAAAAUUAUCCAUAGGGAUCUCAAAGCCAGCAAUAUUCUACUAGAUGCUGCAAUGAACCCAAAAAUUUCAGAUUUCGGUAUGGCAAGAAUGUUUAUGGAAGACCAAGUCCAAGGAAAAACCACUCGUGUGGUCGGAACAUAUGGCUAUAUGUCACCUGAGUACGCAAUUCACGGACAGUAUUCGAUAAAGUCAGAUGUCUUCAGCUAUGGUGUCUUAACACUGGAGAUCAUAAGUGGCAGGAAAAAUAGCGACUACGGUGAGAAAGAACCCUGGCUGAAUCUUAUCGGACAUGCAUGGGACUUAUGGAGAGAAGAGAAGGCAUUAGACAUAGUUGAUCCAAUGCUGGAACAGUCAUGCCCUCCUCAUGAAGUUUUGAGAUGCGUUCAGAUUGGGUUACUGUGUGUGCAAGAAUUUCCAGAUGAUCGACCUACAAUGUUAGAAGUUGUGUUCAUGUUAGGUAAUGAGAUAACUCUUCCUUCUCCUAUGUCACGACCCGAAUCCCGGAUCCAUGACCGGCACAUAGGCAAGGUUCCCCUCCAAGAUUCCAUACCUAUGCGAACCCAAACUUACACACAAACUUAUCCUAACUCAAUCAGAGUUAGACGCAGCAUUAACAACAAAAUCAACUUCAUAAUAUAAUUGAAUUGUCUUAAUACAAGAGUUUAUAUAAGUUCAGAGUUUUGGAGCA